AUGUCAGGGCAACCUCCAAACGAAGCCGAAGAAAGUCAAUGGUACACUCUAGUGCGUGAGAAUAUAAUAGCCUUCCUCCUAUUCCUCUCUCCCUACAUUAUAUCAUACAUAACACUACGGCGAUUCAGGAGGAGAUUCCGAUCAAACGACCCUGAAGAAAAUGAGGACAGCAUCGACAAUUUGAUAAUUAUGUUCUUAUGUGCUGCUGGAUUAGCUAUGGCGAUGGCAGGAUUCUUGUUGUUACCUUGUACAAUGGCAGCAACUGCAUUGAUCAAUUUGCAGAGCGAAAAUCUUAAUUGGUUAGACACAAAGCUCUUGGCUACGUUAUGGAAUUACACGUUCAUCGGAUGCAAUGUGUCGCUGUUUGCGUUAUUGCCAUUUGCUUAUUUCUAUAGUGAGACAGAUCAACGAUGGACGUUUUUUCCCAAGGCGAGGGAGACUUUCUUUAAUAUGGUUCUGGUUGAUAUACUUAUGUAUGGAUUCAUUUACGUAUCAAAGUUAAUGCUACAAACGGAUGAUAAUAUGUUGGUCGUGUUGAACUUGCUUACAUCGUUGGCCGGAUCUAUUAUAUGUCUAAACGCUCUUCCACGUGGGUAUGCGGUGAUAAUUAGAUGGAUAGGCUCUCUGCGUCCUAAUAAUAAGAGGUUUCUUAAUGAUGAGCUGGUCCAAAAUCAAAUGGAUGCCAGAGUAUGGGAGGAACGAUUAGAGAGUAUAAAUAGAUCGCUGAUGUCAUCAGAAAAUAAUAGCAACAAUCAUAACAGUAGUCGUAUGUCUAUAUCUGCCGUAUUGCCAAGUUCGACGGCAACUUCGUUGACUUCAUCAUCUCAAAGCCUAUAUUCUUCUUUGAAUGGUGAUCUGAGUCAAUCAUCUUUUGCUUCAAGUGAGGGAUCACUGCUUAUAAGAGAACGAAUUCUUGCGAUAUUAGAAAACCUCGAAACUCAGAACCGACAGACACAAGUUAAACUUUCACAGUCUCCAAUUUCUCGCAAUAUAUCUUUUUUCUUUUUAUUUCUUUUUAUCCACAUCACGUGGCUAGUGUUGAUUGGUGCAAUGUCAUUCAAUUUGAUCAAGGGUAUACUAUUAUCAGAAGACGAGGAGCAACAGAGAAGGAAGCUCGAGGCAGUGCUUGGCAAACAGACAUCAUCUGUUUUAUCAAUGUUUGGGACUAUUGGGACGUUGAGUGAGAUGACUCUGAUAUUCUGUUUUACAAUUGCUACUAUCAUUGGGACCUAUUCUAUGAGUCCGUUUGCCAAGAUUCGUCCGGCAUGGGGAAAAGUUGGCGUACAGCAGAUGAUCGCAAAUGUGACAGUAUUAUUGAUCAUUAGUUCGUCUCUUCCGGCUGUUGUAAGAGUGUUAGGAUUGACUCGAUUUGAACAUACGGGGCCAUACGAUAAUUUUCAUGUAUUAAAGAAUAGAUUCUGGAUUGGAUUGGUGUUUAGAACUGGGAUGUUGUUCAAGUGCGUUAUAGGUUUGCUAGAUUUGUAUGUAGUGGGAAGUUUACAGAUGGUAAGAAGGUCAAUGAUAAAUAAUCAUGCCCAUCAUGUGAAUGGAUCUGUCAAUUACAGUUAUGCCAAUGGAGUUCGGUGA